GGGGGGGCAUCAAAUUUUCGGUGUGUAUGCAGCUGCUAAGACUGGAAAUCUCUUCUGAAUUGGUGAGGCCUUCCUCCAGUAUCUAAUAAAAUAAAGUUUACGUGCAGAUGUGUUCAUUGUAAUAAGCAGUAACGUUCACGUUUUAAAGGAUUUUAAAAAAAAGCCCAUAAUUUCAAAAUAGAGAGACAUUAAUCUUUACACAGACAAUCAUACACUGUUAAAAUCACUUAAAGAUUUAUAUACACUAUUCUACCGAUUAUUUUGGCUAUGACAAGCUGUCACAGUCAGCACUGAAGAACCAAUACUGUCGCGUAUUUAACAGAAAACACCCAGCCAUCUUACAGCCUUGUUUUGUAUUGAAUCUCUCAUUGCUGUGCCACCCCACGUAGACCGGGACUGCAGUUUACCGUGGUAGCAGCUGCUCCGCGUACUGUGUACACCACCAACAAACUACACCGUUUCUCUAUUUCAAUUAUUAGAACGCUCACCUGUUAAUAUGUUUGAGCUUCUUGAAGAUUUUCAUCUGAUCAUUCUCCUUCAGACAACCCGCGGUCUUUAAUGGCUUUGUGGUGGCUGCAAGCCUUCUUUUAUUUCUGCUAAAUGUAUGAAAAUGUAUGCAAAUUUAAAUCAAGCUUAACCUAGGCGCUCGUGCAAUAUAUUUAAUGGAAUUUCAAACCAAUAAGGGGAGUGUGAUGUAGUCUUCUAAUGGCAAAUAUAAUUACGCAGCUAGGUAACCCCUGAAAUAUGCAGAGAGGUCUUUCUUCAUCUUGUCGAGAUUAGAAGUGCUCGUAACUUUGGGCAGUUUAAACCUGAACCACAAAGAAUCUUGUUGUUGAUGUGUGGCAUCAAAGACCUGUUUAAUGUUGUAGGUUUGAUAUCUUGUUAUGUAAGAUGAAGAAGGCUUAUCAAUGUCAUUUAUUGAAUUUUGGUUUGUGCAACAUAAUUGGUGGGAGAAAUUAAAUCUGCCUUUUCUACCGCAACAGACCAUCUUUUUUUUUUUUUUUUUUUUUUUUUUUCUACUCAUAAAACAAAAUAAGUUAAUGGGCCACACUGGGAUUUUCCAGAUAGGGAUUUUAUUUUAUUAUUGUAAGUUAACAUUAUUUUAAUUUUGCUUUAGUACAUCAAAUGCAAAGGCACGUGUCUGUUUCACGUUUACCGGCUACUGUUUACUUUCAUAUACUUGUAUUUUGUACUUUAUGAUUAUUUACUCUUUUAAUUGAAUUAACAUUUUUCUACUUUCCCUUUUUUUGCAUCGUGGUUUUAUUUUAUUUUUUGGCGAAACGUGCUUUUUCGACGUGUUAUGCCUUGUCGUUUGCAUGCUAAUCCCUUAAAAAUAAUACAUUCAAACAGAUAACUGACCGGAUAUAUUCAGCAUGUCGGGUGGGUGUACAGUCUAGUGUUGACAGAAACACAGCAUUUUGCACAUGGGAGAAUCCGUGAUUUUUGACGUUCUCAUGAGUGAUGCAGACUUUAGGAAACACAUCCCGUUGUGUAAGUGAAACAUGGAUGGUAACCUGACACAAAACAUUAUUCAUUUCUUAGGAGCGAGAGAGGGGAAAUGGAUUACACUAGCGGUAAUAACUGUGCUUAAAUAAGUUACGAAAUAGUUAAUAAGAUCUGUGAACCGCGGACAGUCAAUUACACAGCAGUACCCAAUGGAGCCUGCGGACCGCUACGCUUCCUGCUUUGUGUCAGUUUAACUCUUCGGUCUCUGGCAAACCCAAUUUGGAAUCGGAGAGCCAGCCUCCUGCUUUGCGAUUGGCGGUGACAAAAACCAGUGUGUUCAAAGACUGCUCUGGUUGGUUUCAAGGGGUGCCAAUUAUUAACUGGUUGCUGAUUUGGCUCCCUAGCCUGGUAGAUGUCAAAGGCUGAAGCUGUUCCCUUUGCCACAUUAUAACUAGUAAGGGAUCCACACCAGCCAUGGCCACAGCUGCCUCGAAUCCCUACAGCAUUCUCAGUUCCAACUCUAUGGUUCACGCAGAUUCCUCGGUCAUGCAGCAAGGGAGUCCUUUUAGGAACCAUCAGAAACUUCUCCAAAGUGACUAUCUACAGGGAGUCCCCAGCAAUGGACAUCCUCUUGGGCACCAGUGGGUGACAAGCUUAUCUGAAGGGAGCCCGUGGACGUCGAUAGUGACCAGCCCUUUAGACCAGCAAGACGUUAAACCUGGAAGGGACGAUCUCCAACUGGGGGCUAUCAUCCAUCACAGGUCUCCUCAUGUUGCCCAUCACUCGCCCCAUACCAAUCAUCCAGGUGCGUGGGGAGCAACCGCGGCUCAUAACUCAUCUAUAAGCAACGGCGGACAACCUAUCAACAUCUACGCGCAAACAGGGUUCACUGUCAAUGGUAUGUUGGAUCAUGGAGGUCUAACGCCACCUCCAACAUCAGCGCCUAACCAAAACUUGCACCCGGGGCUCAGAGACACCCCCGACCACGGAGAAUUAGGAGCGCAUCACUGUCACGACCAUUCAGACGAAGAGACGCCGACCUCGGAUGAGUUGGAACAGUUCGCGAAACAAUUCAAACAAAGGCGAAUCAAGCUGGGGUUCACGCAGGCAGAUGUUGGGCUUGCACUGGGGACUCUGUACGGCAAUGUCUUCUCCCAGACUACCAUCUGCAGGUUUGAAGCCUUGCAGCUCAGCUUUAAGAACAUGUGCAAACUGAAGCCCUUGUUAAACAAGUGGCUAGAAGAGGCAGACUCAUCCACGGGAAGUCCGAGUAGUAUUGAUAAAAUCGCAGCCCAGGGAAGGAAGCGAAAGAAAAGGACAUCGAUUGAGGUGAGCGUCAAAGGGGUGCUGGAGACCCAUUUUCUCAAAUGUCCCAAACCUGCAGCCUUGGAGAUCACCUCUUUGGCAGACAGCCUUCAGUUAGAAAAAGAAGUGGUUCGUGUCUGGUUUUGUAACAGAAGACAAAAAGAGAAAAGAAUGACUCCACCGGGAGAACAACAGUCGCACGAUGUAUAUUCUCACAGCGUUAACACAGACACCACCUCGUGCCGUGAUCUCUGACCACAGAACCGGGAUCCAAACCCGCGAGACUCUUUGUGAAGAACGGAAAUCUAGAGGCUUUAUGAUUGAUGGCUCUUGUUUUGUUUUUGUUUUUUGUUUUUGUUUUUGUUUUCUCUCUCGUGGUAUAAUGCUGAUAAAUUAGUAGGAGUAUUAAAAAAAAAAGCCACAAACAUUUUUUUUAAAGCAUUUUGGCAAUAUCUUUCAGCAAACAAUGUUUUUGUUUUCAUAAACGGAGCCCGUUAUUAUAAAAAUAGGUUUAUUUUGUUUUUCUACUACAAGGAUUUAAAUACAGAUGUGUGCCUAUUAAUAACCUCACAGCGCCUUGGUUUUCACAACAUAUAUAUCAGGUGAAUCAGUUAUGUUAUGGGCAGUUGUUUCUUUUCUAUUUUUAUACUGCUUUGCUGUAAGUGUAAAAGGUGUUGUACUGUUUUUGUCCACACCAGUGAGAAGAGUACGUACAAAAUGUGUUCACUGACUCCUUACUGCAAUCAUAAACAUGGACCAGAUUUUUUUUACAUUUUCACAUUUCUGUAAAUCAUAAUUCGGUACACCAUAUGGUCGCAAACAUGGUCUGAGUGACGUUUUGUAUUUGAUGUGACGAUUUAAGACACUUUAAAAAAAGGCUAUAGAUUGGAGUAUACAUUGCAGUGAAACACCUUGGAGCUAGUAUCUAGCUUUAAAGAAUUAUUGAUUCCCGCGUCCGUGCAUUGCAACUAUCAACCACCUGUCCGGGUUUUCUUGGUAUCCUGAAGUUGGUUGGGGUUUUUUUUUUUUGGCCUAAAAAAAAAAAAAAAACAAUUAUACCUUAAUCAUUCCAAAAACAUAUAGUAUUUAAAAAAAAACAAACAAACAAACACAAACAAGCAAAAAAAUGAAAAUAAAUUGUGCCGUAUUUUAUGGUUCUUCACGCAUAUAGUAUAAUAAUAAUUAUAACAAUGUUUGGGCUUGUAGACUUUAUC